ACACUACAUAGGCAAAAGUAGGUGGACACCUGCUCGUCAAACAUCUCAUUCCAAUAUCUUAGCCAAGAGGUGGGACGUUAGCGUCCCACCUCUUCAACAGCCAGUGAACCUGCUGGGCGCCAAAUUCAAAUACAGAAAUGUUCAUUCUAAAACCUCAGAAAACAUUGGAUUUUUGUGAAUCCAACCACGGUGUCAGAUUUAAAAAAAUAAAUAAUGCUUUACGGCGAAAGCAUACCGUACAAUUAUUUGAGAACAUAUCCCACUAGACAAAUCAUUACAAACAGUAACCAGCCAAGUAGAACAGUUACACAAGUCAGAAAUAGAGAUAAAAUUAAUCCCUUACCUUUAAUGAUCUUCAUAUGGUUGCACUCAGCAGACAUUAAUUUACUCAAUAAAUGUUCCUUUCGUUCGAUAAAGUCUCUUUAUAUCCAAAAACCUCAGUUUUGUUCGCGUGUUUUCUUCAGUAAUCCACAGGCUCAAACGCAGUCAAAACAGUAAGACAAAAAAAUACAAAUUGUAUCCUUAAAGUUCAUAGAAACAUGUCAAACGAUGAUUAUAUUUAAUCCUCAGGUUGUUUUUAGCUUAAAUAAUCGAUAAUAUUUCAACCAGACAAUAACGUUGUCAAUUUAAAAGGUAAACAAGAAAGGACCUCUCGGUCUCGCACAUGAAAAAGCUCUGUGACACUUUAGGGUCCACUCAUUCAGACUGCUCUUACUUCCUAUUUUUUCAGAAUACAAGCCUGAAACAAUUUCUAAAGACUGUUGGCAUCUAGUGGAAGGCAUAGAAACUGCAAUUUGAAUCCUAAGUCAAUGGAUACUGUAGUGGCAUUGAAUAGAAAACUACAAAAUCCCCCAAAACGACUUCCUGAAUGGAUUUUUCUCAGGUUUUCGCCUGCCAAAUCAGUUGUUAUACUCACAGACACUAUUUUAACAGCUUUGGAAACUUUAGAGUGUUUUCUAUCCAAAUCUACCAGUUAUAUGCAUAUCAUAUCUUCUGGGCCCCAUAAGCAGGCAGUUUAAUUUGGGCAUGCAUUUCAUCCAAAAUUCCAAAUGCUGCCCCCUACCCUAGAGAAGUUGAUAUGGAGUUGGUCUCUCUGCUGCUAUAACAGCCUCCACUCUUCUGGGAAGGCUUUCCACUAGAUGUUGGAACAUUCCUGCGGGGACUUGCUUUCAUUCAGCCAUGAGAGUAUUAGUGAGCUUGUACACUGAUGUUGGGCGAUUAGGCCUGGCUCUGUCGGAGUUCCAAUUCCUCCCAAGGUGUUUGAUGGGGUUGAGAUCAGGGCUCUGUGCAGGCCAGUCAAGUUCUUCCACACUGAUCUCAAACCAUUUCUGUAUGCACCUUUCUUUGUCCAUGGGGGCAUUGUCAUGCUGAAACAGGAAAGGGCAUUCCCCGAACUGUUGCCACAAAGUUGAAGCACAGAAUCAUCUAGAAUGUCAUUGUAUGCUGUAGCAUUAAGAUUUCCCUUCACUAGAACUAGGUGGCCUAGCCCGAACCAUGAAAAACAGCCCCAGACCAUUAUUCAUCCUCCACCAAACUUUAUAGUUGGCACUAUGCAUUCGGGCAGGUAGCUUUCACCUGGCAUCCGCUAAACCCAAAUUCGCCCGUUGGACUGCGCGAUGGUGAAGUGUGAUUCAUCACUCCACAGAAUGCUUUUCCAUUGCUCCAGAGUCCAAUGGUGACGAGCUUUACACCAAUCCAGCCAAACGCCUGGCGUUGUGCGUGGUGAUCGUAAGGUUGUGUACGGCUGCUUGGCCAUGGAAACCUAAUUCAUGAAGCUCCCGACGAACGGUUCUUGUGCUGACGUUGCUUCCAGAGGCAGUUUGUAACUCGGUAGUGAGUGUUGCAACUAAGGACGUGAUGUUUACGCGCUUCGGCACUCGGCGGUCCUGUUCCUUUGAGCUUGUGGGACCUAUUAUUUUGCAGAUGAGCUGUUUCUCCUAGAUAUUUCCACGUUGCAAUAACAGCACUUACAGUUGACCGGGGCAGCACUAGCAGGGCAUAAAUUUAACAAACCGACUUGGAAAGGUGGCAUCCUAUGACGGUGCCGGGCCAUUCUACUGCCAUUUGUCUGUGGAGAUGGCAUGGCUGUGUGCUUCGAUUUUAUACACCUGUCUGCAACGUGUAUGGCUGAAAUAGCCGAAUCCACUCAUUUGAAGGGUGUGUACACAUACUUUUGGCCAUGUAGUGUAUCUGAAUUCUAUAGCUCUGAUAUUAUUAAAUGUUGGUUAUUUGAUAAAUCCAUUGCAUCGAGAGCGCUACAGUCUGCAGAUAGAAAAAAAUAUGUAAGUGCUCUGUUCUGUCUACCUGCACCUUGUCAAAUCAGUUGUUUUUUUGCUCAUUAUACUAUGUUACUGGUACUGGCCAACCUGAACUAAUGUCCCACUGAGCCUUGUUGUACCUUGCCACACAAGAUUCCACUUUGCCAUGCUAUACAACUGCCUCUACAAUAAUCCUCCCGAUAUGGCAUAUAAAGUGAGUAUUUGGGUAUCUAGUUGAUGGGGGGUUUUAGUUUGCGAUGUGUCCAUUUGUGUCGCCCAGCAAUUGUUGUAAGUGCCAUUACGUGUGAAAAAUACAGUCUUCAAAGUAUUCAUACCCUUUGACUUAUUCCACAUUUUGUUACAGCUUGAAUUUAAAAUAUCUAAUUUCUCACCCAUCUACACACAAUACCCCAUAAUAACAGUGAAAAUAUGUUUUUAGAGAUGUUAGGUAAUUUAUUGAAAAUGAAAUGCAUAAAUAUCUAUUUUACUUAAGUAUUCACACUCCUGAGUCAAUACUUUGUAUGAGCACCUUGGGCGGUGAUAACAGCAUUGAGUUGUGCAAGGCUGAUGUACAUACAAAAGACAUCUGGAUUUGGGGAUUUUCUCAUUCUUGCUUGUAGAUUUUCUCAAGCGCUGUUAAGUUAGAUGGGGAGUGGUGGUGAAAAGCAAUCUGCAAGUCUUUCCACAGACUGGCUGGGUCACUCAAGGACUUUUACAUUCUUGUUCUGAAGCCAUUCCAGCAUGGCUUUAUGCUUAGGGUCAUUUUCCUGUUGGAAUGUAGAUCUUAGCCUCAGUCUCUCGUUGGCACUCUGAAGCAGGUUCUCAAGGAUUUGACUCUAUUUGGCUCCAUUCAUUGUUCACUUGAUGCUUAUCAGUCUUCCAGUCCCUGCUGCUGAAAAGCAUCCCCAUGCAUGAUGCUGCCGCCACCAUGCUUUACGGUAGGGAUGGUGUUAGACGUGGGAUGAGCUGUGCCUUGUUUUCUCCAGACAUAGCACUUUGUGUUCAGGCCAAAGAGUUAAAUUUUUGUUUCAUCUGACCACAAACUUUCCCCUUAUGUCUUUCACAUGCCUUUUUGCAAACUUCAGGCAUGCUGUAAUGUAACUUUUUCUCUGAAGUGGCUUCCGUCUGGCCACUGUAGAGACUGUUGUCCUUCUGGCAGAUUCUUCCAUCUCAGCCAAGAAACUCUCUAGUUCUGUCAGAGUGCUUCUUGCCUAGUUGCUCAGUUUGUUUGGACUGCCAGCUCUAGGCUGAGUCUGGGUAGCUCCAUAUUUUUUCAAUUUCUCAAGGAUGGAGACCACUUAGCUCUUGGACAUUUCCAACACUAUAGAAAUUGUUUAAACCCUUCCCCAGAUAUUUGCCUCAUCACAAUUCUAUCUCGGAGAUCUGGAGACCGUUCCUUGGACUUUAUGAUAUAGUUUCUGCUCUGGCAUGCACUGUCAACUGUGGGACCAUUAUAUAGACGUGUGUUUCUUUUCAAAUCAUGUCCAAACAAUUGAAUUGGCCACAGGUGGACUCCAAGUUGUAGUGACAUUGGAAAUAAGUUUGAUACACCUGAGCUCAAUUUAGAGUGUCAUAGCAAAGGGGUUUGAAUUUAUGUCAAUUAGAAUUUUAUUUUCAAUGCAUUUACAACAUGGACAGGUUUUCACUUUGUCAUUAUGGGGUGUUGUGUGUAGAUGGGUGAGAAAUGUAUAUUAAAUCCAUUUUCUAUUCAGGCUGUAACACAACAAUGUGGAUUAAGUCAUGAGGUACGAAUACUUUCUGAAUGCACUACUGUCCUGCAGCUGCUAUAGAGCGGGGAGGGGGGGUGGACAAGCCAGGGAGGUUGUUUUGGUUCGGGUCAAGUCAGACAGGCAUGCAGAGUGAGGGAGUGGAAUCAGGAGUGCCAGUGAUGGCAGUUGCUGUCUGUAAAUGUAUUUAUCAUAUGUCCUAAACUCUCUAGGCUAAGCCAAUCCUCGUAUACUGAUCUAAAACCUCUCAAAUGCUGUCAGCAUGAAUUCUAAACCCUGAUUUCUGAUGAGCAAGUAGUGUCAGGUGUUCAGUCUGUUCAAAAUUCUCUACCAGUCUACAUGUGUAACUGACUUGUAGCAGCAUGCCCAACAUACUGUACCAUGCCCCCCUCUAACUGGUUUUGAAGCAACACAUAUCAGACAUUUGUGCUGAAAACAUAUGUUUUAAAACACAGGCAUUAGGUGUAAUUUAAUAGACUGGUUUGUGUCUUGUAGCAGAGGUCAGACGUAGUGUCUCUGUGUCUUUAGGGUUGGGGGGUCGCGGAAGGGGAAGAGCAGCUGGUGGUAGCAGGUUCUCCUCUCAGGGCAUGGGGAUCUUCAACCCCGCCGACUACAACGCUAACUCUAGCGGGUCUCGCCAGGAAACCUGGGAAGCAGAGGGGAACGAAGGUGGAGAUGGUAUAGGAGGAACAUGGAGAGGCAACUUGGAAGACUGGGCUGCAGAAGACUGGAAUGAGGAUCUGUCUGAAACCAAAGUGUUCACUGCCUCUGCUCCUGCGAACCACAUCACAUCUGGACACAAUGUGGACAUGGGCUCGCUGCUGCCCAAGACGGGCGAUGUGGAGGCGGAUCUGGGUGGCAUGGAGCCCCCUGCUGCUGUGUGCGUGGGGGGCCAGAGCCUGGUGUUCACCAACUCUCACCACAACGGCGCUCGCACCGCCACACACAGCUAUGCCAGCGCCGCCUCUGGCACUAGCUACACCCACUGUGCCCUGUCCUCAGUCCUUGGCUCUGGUUUUGUGGCUCUGAGUGGGCCCAAACCGACCCCGGCUGAGGUUAGGAUACCAGAGCAGCUCAACGGGCCCCAGCUCACCCCGCGGACCCAUCAGCAGCUGGUCACCGCGGGCAACAGCAGUGUCGCCAAAGAAUCCGGUCCACCUGCAGUUCAAGGCUCCGCCCCCAUUUCUGCCAGUGAAACCAAGUCCCCGGGAGUGGAGAAGGGCCCUGUUCCAACCUCUCACUUGGAUCUAAAGAUGCAGCCGGAGCCGUCCGCUGUCCUCAGCCAGCUGGCCCAGCGGCAGCAGCAGCAGGCCCAGCAUAGCUCCCUGCCCCAGGCAGAGCCUCUGUCUCUUCCCCCCCAGGUCCCUACUCCCCCAGGCCACUACGACGCCGGGCCCCCGCCUCCCAGAGACGGACCCUCCCUGGACCAUCAGGCUCCUAUGGCUGAACCCCCACAGAGGCAGAUCAAGACCCAGAGACGCAGAGUACCUCCUCCCUCAAAGAUCCCCUCAUCUGCGGUGGAGAUGCCAGGCUCAGCAGAUGUGUCUGGCCUCAACGUGCAGUUUGGGGCCCUGGACUUUGACUCGGAGCCCAGUGUGAUUGACAUGGGCCACCAGGCUGAGCCUGCCAGGGAGCCGGCCCCCACAGCUGUACCCCAGCCCCAAAGCAGCUUGUUUUCCAAACCUGGACCAGUCAGUGAGCCCCUUGGCAGCUUGUUGUCUGUGCCUCCGUCAAUAUCAGACCCCAGUUUCCCCUCUCUGGGUUUGCCCAGUGCCACGCCAUCCCCCUCCCCGGGUCUCCCCUGCGCCGCCCCACCCUCCACCCCCUCAGCUAGCAGAGUGGACAACGGCCCCACGCAGGGCAUGCCCCCCCACCUAGGCUACCCCCAGAGCAAAGACGCCCCCGCCGCCCCACUUGCUGUGAGUCACCCACACUGCACUUGUCAGAAUGGCUAUGGUGGUGUGAGGACUCAGGGCCCACAGGACUCGAUGUCGUUGGCUUCUCGAACCCCUAAGCCCGAAUCACCUCCCAUGAGCAGUGACAGUGGCCCCGUCCACCAUGUUCCCUCCCCAGCCCCCACACCUUCCCACUCUGCCCCUCUGCAAUCUGUCAGCAGUCAUGUGACCAGUACAUACUCAUCAGGAUCUGCCCUCUCCACUAGCUCCUCCCUUACGGUCAGCACGGCGGCGUCUUUUGGGGUUAAUGUAAAUCACGUCCGAAACGGAUCUAAAAUAAGCACUGAAAAUGUGAAGAGGAAAAAUGCUACCAAAAAACUAAACUGCUGUCAGUCCAACUCUCUCCCUCCCUCCGCCCUACAGAUGACCAGUGAGGAGAGCAGUAGUCUCCAUGCCUUCUCUUCCUCAUCUGGCCCUUCCAUCAAUGCUGCGGUUAGCAGCUCCAAUGGCAUGAUGCAUGUCCCCGGAGCACCUGGUCUAUCCGCCAGUGGCAACACCGCCCUCUCAGCUGCCGGAAGCACUGCCCAACCCCUGCUGAACACCACCUCUGGCAAAGCCCCCCCUAACUUGGCCCAAGGAGUGCCCCCUCUGCUGGCUAAUCAGUACAUUAUGGGCCCUGGAGGCCUGCUCCCUGCAUACCCGCAGAUCUAUGGAUAUGAGGACCUACAGAUGCUGCAGUCUCGUCUGCCUAUGGACUACUAUGGAGUUGCAUUCCCUGGUACAACCGCAACAAUGCCUGGCAGAGAUGGGCUAGCCAACAAUCCAUACUCAGGUGAAGCGACCAAGUUUGGCAGAGGGGACUCGUCUUCCCCAGCUCCCCCCACCAGCCUGUCGCAAGGCCCCUCCGCUCAGCCCCAGCAGCCCCCCCAGGCUCAGAGCCAAGGUCUGGGACAGAGCCAGGGCCAGCAGAAUCAGGCCUUCCUCAAUCCACCUCUGCCCCCAGGCUACGGCUACACCGGCCUUCCUUACUACGCCGGCAUGCCCGGGGUGCCCAGCGCCUUCCAGUACGGCCCCACCGUUUUUGUGCCUCCGGCCUCGGCCAAGCAGCCAAACAUGGGCUUGGGGAACCCCUCCAGCCAGUACCACCAACAGCAUCAGCCUAGCUACGGCCAUCACGCGUAUGGAACAGCUUUUGACGACCUGUCUCAGGGCCACGCGGGGGAGUACAGUAAGGGAGGGUACGGAGGCUCUGCCCAGUCUCAGGCCAAAUCAGCUGGCAGCGGCCCAGGGAAAGCUCCAGGUUUGUCCAGCUCAGGCAGCAGUGGAGGGGUGCCCGAUAUUGGCGCUUCAAUGUACAGCAAGACACAGUCUUUUGAUAAGCAGGGUUUCCACACGGGAACGCCCCCUCCUUUCAGCCUGCCGUCUGCGCUGGGGGGCACGGGCCCUCUGAACCCCGGCGGUGCCCCCGGUUACGCCCCGCCACCCUUCCUCCACAUUCUGCCUGCCCACCAGCAGCCACACUCCCAGCUGCUACACCACCACCUCACCCAAGACGGACAGGGUGGUCCGGGUCAGCGCAACCAGUCCAGCAGCAUGCAGCAGAAGAGCCAGGGCAACAAGUCCAGUUAUGGAAGCCCUUACUGGGCCAACUGAAGGGUACACCUGGGGAGUCUGUCCUGGCCCCCCAUCCUAAAGGCUGUGUGUCCCUUCUCCAACUCCCCCAUUCAUUUUUCUUUCUCUUUUCCUUUUUCAAAAUUGUUUGUACAUGUAAGAUAUUUAUGUAUGUAUUUAUAUAUAUAUAUACUGUAUAUGUAAUAGUAGAACAUGAAAUGUGGUUGCUGCAUUUUAUUUUUGAAAGACGUUUUUGUUUACUUUUUCAAAACUGCAGGAAGACAUCACAAAAAUACAUCUGAGAACUCCUAUAGAGGAAAAUGGAAAAGGAGAGAGCUUUAGCACUGAGCAAAAUGAGGACAUCUCAGAUGGGGGGUUUCCACAUUAACAAACUACAUUUGUCUCCUUUUUUUUAUACACAACUCUUGAGUUAUCCUGCUUAUCCCCUUCAUUUUCACCUUUUAAAAACUUCAGCCGUGGGUGGCUCUGGCAGGGGGGGCUGCCUCUGUGCCUUCCGCCGCAUCGAUACGCCUCAAAGACCUGCCCAUUAAAAUUGUAUAUUUUAAUUUCAUUUUAACCGUUUCCAUCUGAAUAAAAGUUCUGAGCAGUAA